AUGCCCCCCUGCCCCCCCCCUCCAGUGGCGGAUGCCACGGAGGGCUCGGGCGAGUCCAGCCCCCCCCCCUGCCCCCCGGCGACAGCUCGUAGGGCUCAGAUUAGCCCAGCCCUCCCUCCCCCCCAGCGGCAGCACGGAGGGCUCAAGCGGGUCCAACCCCCCUUCCCCCCAGCGACAGCACAGAGGGCUCAGACAGAUCCAACCCCCCCCCCCAGCAACAGCGUGGAGGGCUCAACGGAUCGGGUCCCCCACCCACCCCAGACCGCAGGUGCACAGCAGAGUUGCACCGGGGAGGGGGGAAAUACAGCUCGCACACCGUGGGUGUUCACCGGCGGCGUUGCGCUGGAUCGCAACUCUCAUCACCCCCCCCCCCCACGAUGGGCCUUACUUACCCGUCAGAAGGGAAAUCACUCACCCGGCUGGAACUCCCUCUACAGGUUCAAGUCUGCUACUGCCAUAAAGCACGUCCAGUUUUCAGCAUUACAAAUGGCAAAGCAGGCUGUAACCUCUAGGGGCAGCACAGUCACUCACAGGCAUUUAAAGGGGAAGUCACAUUACACAUUUCUAGUCAAGUGCAUAUAUAAUAUAAUAGAUAUUACUGUAAUAACGGAGUAUAUAAUCGAUAAAUAG